AUGCCUCGUCUCAAUAUACGACUGGACAAAGAAGGCCUUCUGAGAUGUAAAGGACGAUUAGGGAGAAGCUGCUUAAAUGAUGCAGCAAAACACCCCUUAAUCAUCCUUCAAAAUUCCUGGCUAUCGGAAGCAAUCAUUCGAGACAUUCAUGAGAACGGACAUCCAGGCAUAGGGCACACGAUCGCAUUGGUGCGUCAAAAUCAUUGGAUUCCCAAAUUACGCGCACAAGUUACGCGUAUCAUUCGAAAAUGCGUCGAAUGUCAACGCUUCAAUAACUUACCAUACAAGUAUCCUAACCAAAGCGAUCUCCCUAAUGCCAGAGUACAACGAUCAAAACCAUUUGAACACGUGGGACUAGAUUAUUUCGGACCUUUGUCAAUAAAAGUUGUUGAAGAAACUACUGGUAAAUGCUACGGAGCGAUC